AUGUUAAAAUUUUUAUUUCCCCCAAAUGGACGUCUUUUACAAACUUGUAUAUUUAGCUGUAUUAUUUCCUUCUUAAAUUUAUUUUUUCAAUAUUAUGUGGCCUAUUAUCCUAAUACGGCUGCUGGAAAUAUUCAAAAAUAUAUUAACGAUUCUUAUCUUGCACGGGGACAAAAAAUUUCAGAAAAUUAUUUAUUGUGGUUUUGGAAUUCAAUUUUGAAUUUGCCCUUUCUUGGGCUUUUAUUGGGUAAUGUAUUAGCUCCUUAUCUUUGUGAAAGGGCUGGAAGAAGAGGUGGGAGAUUUUUUUAA